AUGUCACGCCGCCAGAUCCCUCCGACGCUGCGAACCACCCGCUCUCCCUGCACGCCUGACUCUCUGCUGGCACCGACGGGCCGCCGUUUUAGGUCGCAGAUCGCCUGCAUGGACUCCUCCAGCAACAACAUCCCACUGGACGCACAGCCGUCAUCACCGCCGGGCGCGGCUAGCAACAGCAGACCCCUAGCAUCCGCUCCGGAUUCGGUUGCUUUAGCACCGUCUGAUGUGUUGGUCGCCAGUCCGAUCACGCAACAGGACCAGCCGGCAUCCCACCUUAUCCUAGCCUCGGCUCCGGCCGACCGGGACGACGCCGCGGCAGCCGGCCUCUACCAGUGCCCGCACUGCCAACGACAGUACUCUCGCCCUGCGUAUCUCGCUCGACACAUCCGCACCUACACUUUCGGCAAGCGAUGUGCAUGCCCUGUAUGUUCCAAGGCGUUUGCCAGAACCGAUCUGCUAAAGCGCCACGUUGCUAGGCACGCACGCGGCGGCCAAGACCAUGGCAGCAAGCGAAACCACCGCCCGGGACCUUCACCCAGCACUCGUCGUGUGUCUUACGCUUGCCGGCAAUGCGCUGCUGCCCGUGUUAAGUGCGACGAGGUCAAACCGUGCUCGCGCUGUUGCAGCCGCAACAUCGACUGCGAACCCUCCUCAGGCCGCCUAUCUUCCACGGCAGCUAUGCACCUGACCCCGCCCCGGGACGUCUGUAACACCGGCGGCAGCUGGACGCAACGAUCCCCAGACUGUCUGGCGACACCUGCCCCUCUCCAUUCCCACAACAACCACUCCUCUUGGGUUGCGCAACAGGAGCUUUCCCCACCGCAGCAGACCGCGUGUUUGACAACGGACGCAAGUAGCCUGGCGACUCUAGGACAGCACGCCGAGGCCGGGGACGGGGGCCCGGUGACGUUGACGACAUGGCGCGCCGGACUGCCACCGGACGCUGCGCACGUCAUCCACGAGAUGAGCACAUACGGGUGGUUUGCCACCACCGGCCCCGUCUCUAAUACCAUGGGAAGAGGCGUGUAUGAGCCGGAAAUGGGCUCCGUGACCGUACUAGAGCCAGAGACUCAACCUGUAUCAGACCUUUACGCUAGCUCGAGCUCGGAGCUGUACGUAGCGAGCUUGGAGCUAUUCGAGGCUUUCAAGCAGCCAAGCCUGAGCGGUACGAACUCGGCCGACAGCCAAAGUUGGGCUUGGCCUGCGGAUGACGCCGUCGACACAAUGUAG